AUGAAGCGGCAAGCGCAGGACGGGUCGCAGCCCCAAACGGACGGCGCAAUAUCCCAGGAAGACCAGGUUUCAGUGCAAGUCACGAUAGCUGCUACCGAUAAUCCUCAGACGACACCUGAUGCUACAGCAGUAACGGCCUCACCAACAACUGAGCCUACAGCACCAGAUGUCACCACUGCUCAAAGCUCACCGGCUGUUCCGACUGCCUCCGAAGAAAACCUGACUGCUUCUUCUGCUUCACCUACCGCAACAGCUGAUACUUCGUCUGAGACGACUAGUCAUGAUUUCUCGACUUCGCCUACUUCUCUUCCUGUAAUAUCUUCUGCUUCCGAUACCUUCGCUUCCCAAAUACCUCUCUCGCCUGUGAGCUCUAGUGAGAUGCCUCAGUCAUCUUCCAGCACUAUAGUCUCCACCACAACGAGUUCUUCAUCCUCCAGUUCUAGCCAAACUUCGUCAACGUCUAGUUCUAGCUCAGGCUCAUCUUCCAGCACAACCACGAAAUCCUCAACUUCUACAUACUCUACAACCUCUACCACGUCUGAGCUUACUACAACUUCAUUGCCCUCCGGCACCGGAGGCGGCGCCUCAUAUGGAUGGGAUGGAGGAUCGGGACCGACAGCUACCGAACAGACACCUUUGACUACUGGACCGACUACUUCAGCGACAAGCCCCCCUUCCCAGGGCUCUGGUGCUCUCGACAGCCAAACUAAAGGCAAAAUUGCUGGUGGUGUAGUUGGUGGUGUGGCCGGUGCUAUGGUUUUGGUGGUCCUAGUUUUCUUACUUCUCCGGAGACGGAGAGCAUACCAAAAUCGUGCCCCUGAAGUCCUUCCACCCGGUGAUAUGACUGGCACUGCUAAAGCACCUUAG